UUCAUUCUCAAAAAACUAUACAAAACAUUAAAAAAAAAAAAUAGAAGAGAAGCAAAAUCACAUCUGAAAGCACUAAGAAAAAAAAAAUGGAUUCCAACUCAGAUUGCAAGGAAAAGAAGAAAAGUGUAAUGCAAUCAAUGCUGCUCUGCUGCAAGCUGUACAUAUCCGAAUCACGCAACAGAGAAGCUCUUGAACCUAUUGAGCGCGCUGCCAAACUUGAUCCGGAAACAGUCAUUAUUAACAAAUUUCCGGAUCGCGAUUACAACCGCGUGAACUAUACUCUUGUAUCAUAUGUUAUUCAUGACAGCACAGGCUGUCCCAUUUACAGCCCCUUGCAUCAAACUGUCUUGGCCAUGGUUGCUGCAGCCUAUGAUGCAAUAAACCUUGAGCAGCACUCUGGUGCACAUCCUCGCCUUGGCGUUGUGGAUGAUAUUCUCAUUCAUCCACUGGCGCGAGCUUCACUUGAUGAAGCUGCUUGGCUUGCUAAAAAGGUUGCAGCUGAUAUUGGAAACCGGUUUCAAGUACCUGUUUAUUUAUAUGCUGCUGCUCACCCAAUGGGGAAAGGACUGGACACCAUAAGGAGGGAGCUAGGCUAUUACCGGCCUAACUUUAGGGGCAUCCAGUGGGCAGGGUGGGCUCAACCUGAGCAGGUCCCGGUCAAACCCGAUGAAGGUCCAGAGGUGGUGUCUCGUGCUAGAGGUAUCGUGAUGAUUGGAGCUCAUAAAUGGGUAGCUAUGUACAACAUCCCAAUUAUGUCCACGGAUCUCUCAGCUGCUAGACGUAUUGCUCAGAGGGUGAGUGCUCGAGGUGGAGGCUUACCCACCGUGCAAACUCUAGGCUUGUUUCACGGUGAGGACUCAACCGAGAUAGCUUGUAUUCUUUUGGAACCUAACCAAAUCGGAGCUGAUCGUGUCCAGAACCAUGUUGAGACACUGGCAUCUCAAGAAAGCUUGGAUGUAGAGAAAGGGUAUUUUACUGAUUUGUCACCUGAAAUGAUCAUUGAAAGAUACAUGAAAUUAAUUUCCAGUUCAAACUGAUUCAUCAAGUGUAAACUGUGUAUAAAGCUACUCAACUCUGCUUUAAGCUUCUGUCAAUAAGAGAAAUCAACUCAUCAGUAUUUUCUUUCCAUUCCAAUUGCUGUUUGAAUGGAUCUGAAAAUGCAUCCUGACCUAUCAUUCUUUGUGAAUGUAAUAGAACAUUGGAAAAUAGAAUGGUUGCUUUCUAGUGGUUAA